AUCGACGAGUGUCACUUUAUGUCUUUUGAAGAAUGGAAACGUCAAAAAGAAGUUAAAUCAAAUGAAAGUGAAAACAUUCAACAACAACAACAGCAACAACAACAACAACAACAACAGCAACUGAAUCAACAACAACAACAAAAUCCACCGGAAUUUGAAAAUAUGUCCCAGUCAAACUUAACCGAUUUGGCCCUUUUCCCUAAUAAUAAUAAAACUACAAACUCAACUGAUCCAAAAAUAGAGAUAGAAGACAAUGGUAAAUUAUAUAAAGAUAAAUUUAAUUACGCAUCAAUCGAUUGUGCUGCAACCGUUGUUAAAACAAAUACCCAUGCAAAAGGUGCGUCAUCGAUCCUAACAGAAAAUAAAGAUUCAUAUCUAUUAAAUCAAUGUUCAUCACCGAAUAAGUUCGUCAUUAUUGAAUUAUGUCAAGACAUUCUAGUCAAUAGUGUUGUAAUUGGUAAUUACGAAUUCUUCAGCUCAAUGUUUCAUGAUGUUAGAAUUUCCGUCAGUGAUAGAUUCCCCGUAACAAACGGUUGGAAAGUAUUGGGCGAUUUUGAAGCCGAAAAUAUAAGAGAUGUUCAACAAUUCAAUAUUGAAAAUCCUUUGAUUUGGGCCCGCUACUUAAAAUUAGAAAUAUUAAGCCAUUAUGGUAAUGAAUUCUAUUGUCCAAUAUCAAUAAUAAGAGUUCAUGGGACAACCAUGAUGCAAGAAUUCAAGUUAGCAGAAGAAGAAGAAGAAAUUAAAGUUUUAAAUGAUUUUAAAGUACAAAGUGAAGAAAUUGUUAAUUCAACUACAAGUACUUCAUCUUCUUUCGAGAAUGACGAUGAAUGUAAAGUAAUUAUUCCUUAUCUUGGUUUAAACCAAUUUUUAAAUGAAAUCAACUCAACGAGUGAUUACUGUAAGGCUUCAGAUGACUAUGAAAGCCCGGAAUCUUCAUCUUCAAUUGCUCCAACUGCCAAAACAACUCAAGAAUCUAUUUAUAAAAAUAUCAUGAAAAGGUUAUCAUUACUUGAAUCAAAUGCAAGCUUAUCUUUGCUAUAUAUCGAAGAACAAAGCAAACUAUUAUCAACGGCUUUCACAAACUUGGAAAAAAAACAAUCAAAUAAAUUUGAUACUUUAAUCAAUAACUUUAAUAAAACUAUCAAUAAUCAACUAAAUCACUUCAAAAAAGCAUACAUAACUAUUCAGAAUGAUGCGAUUGCUUUAUUCAAACUACAAGAACGGAACCAUCAAACUUUAAUUAACGAUGCAAAUAAAAAAUUGUCAAUAUUAACUGAUGAUUUGAAAUUUCAAAGAAAGGUUUCUAUUUUUAAUACAAUCAUAAUUUUGUGUUUACUAGUCUAUGUUAUAAUUACCAGAGACGCUUAUAUU